AGGCGCGUGGGAAAAGAGGCGCAGAGCUGCCUGGGAAGUGUAGUUCGGGCUGCGCAGCGAUGGAGUCGUGGUGGGAGUUGAGGUUCUGGGAAAUUGCAGAGGCCUGAAAAGAGAUUUCAACAGUGAUUUUAAAUUCCUAUAGCUCAGCACAGGAAGCAUCUGAUUAAUGAAUGAUUUACCCAUUAAGGACCUGCUUAGAUCCUGUGGAUAAUCCUGCAAAUUGAUUCAUCUGUCUGUAGCUGAGGCUUGGCACCAGCAGCUUUUCCUCUCGUGCUCACGGGGCCUGGCUUCUCUGAAGUCCUGGUCAACGUCAGGAUGCUGCGCCGAAAGCCAACGCGCCUGGAGCUGAAGCUCGACGAUAUUGAGGAGUUUGAGAGCAUUCGCAAGGACCUGGAGGCCCGUAAAAAACAGAAGGAAGAUGUGGAAGGUGUAGGAACCAGUGAUGGAGAAGGAGCUGCUGGGCUCAGCAGUGACCCCAAAAGCCGGGAACAAAUGAUUAAUGAUCGAAUUGGUUAUAAACCCCAACUUAAGACCAACAACCGCACAUCUCAGUUUGGAAACUUUGAAUUUUAGAGAUGGAGACCCCUAGGUAGGACAGAAUACAAUGAUGACAGAAGUACCAACCAGAUUUAGAGAAUUAAGUGUGUGCAAACAAGCAGAAUGUCUCCUGUCCCGUGCAGGGACAGAGAGCUCUGUGAAAUUAUUGCUGUCCAACCUGAUAGGCUGGAAGCCAAAUUCUGGCUUGUUCCUGGAGAAUUGGACUGCAGAAAGCUUACCUGAUUUUUGUUUUAAAAAAUAAAUAUAUUUUUGGAAAAAAUGUGAGACAUCCUUAAAGGUGGUAUCACUGCUAAUCUCCAGCUCUGACCAGUGACUGCUGCAAGUGACGUCAUUCUCCUUGUCUUUACAAAAAGACCCCAGACCCAGAACACUUGCAGUUGAUCCCCAGGACUUGGACUCAGCUUGUUUAUGCACUGUUUGGUGACUGCCGACCACCCUGCAAGCAGCAGAGACUGUGCCAGAGUGCGCCCAGGUUGCAAUCCAGCCACAAAGCAAAGCCCUGUCUCAAACUGUCAAAAAACUCAAACAAAACCAAGACAAAGAUCCCUACCCUCACGGAGACUGGAUUCUAAUGAUCAAAUUGUCAGAAUCAAAUCCGCUCACAGGAAGGCUUUAUACAGGGGGAACACAGCAGCUCUGGCAGUGAGAGGCAUUCUCUUCUUCACUUGGCACUCCCCUGGCACAGGACCCCUCUGAGUGCUACUCCGGAGACUUUUGCACCAUGCCCUAUUUUUUACCAUAAUAUUCAGAGACAGACCGACCAGCUGUGGAAACCAGAACAUCUGGAAUCAAGUUUCAAAGAAACUCCUUAGCGGGGAUUUACCCAGGCCUUUGGAUAGUUCACGAGUGAUGUGAACGGGAAGGUGGAGACGGUGGGGCUGUGUAGUUCCCUCUUCUGCUCCAAGCUUUUCUAUAAAACCUUUACUAUAGUUUUAUUGAUGACUCCUAAGUCCUGCUAUCUGCCCGUCUUAGAGUACAAUAAAGCCCCCGAGACACGGGCUGUGCAUAGACUCUUAUUAUUGCAGCCUGCAAAGGCCUUACAGGGACAAAGAAAGGAAAGAAAAGGACCUGCCUGCUUCAGUCCUUCACUCACUGCAACUCCCCAGUAGGAUUUCCCAGUUGUUUUUAAUGCCUCCUGCACGUCUUACCUUUUGUACUAAUAGCUGUCAUGCAGAGGGCUAAGAGUGCUGAGGGGUUCAUGCAGACUCGUAGUUCCUGAGAGGGCACACCAUUCUGAGUUUGCAGACAUGAACUAGAGCUCAGCCACGAAGUGGUAGGUACCAGGCAGCCUGCUGUCCACGCCCGUGCUUCUAAAUGGCCUCUACUACAUUGCCUCCUUAGUGUUCUCAGCUGAGUCUUCAAGACAGCAGUGUGUGGGGGAGAGACAACAUUUUCUAUUUUUAAAUUUCCAAGAAUUUCUAGACUUAUUAACAGAAUGAGACAGUUACUCAUCAUUAGAUGAGGACUUAUUGCAGUUGCUAAUCUUCUUCGGGCAUACCUAAAUUUUAUGUAUCAGUUCUGCGUUCCUUAGGAUCUGUUUGUUUGUUUCUGGAUUACCAACACCCAGGAGGUUAGUCACCUUAUUCAGAAGAGGGAGCUUUUCAUUUUCCUGAAGCCUUCAGGUUAAUAUAAUGAGUACACAGUAAAAAUGUAAUAAG